AUGACGUCAUUCCCACUUCCCCAAUUGGCUGAUCUGGCCCUCCAGAACAUCUUCGAUCAAAUGGAACCAUGUGAAAUGUAAGUUUUUUUUCAAUACAUUCAGAGAAGUUUAGGACCAUAGUCGGAGUUAACGAGUUGUCUGGAAAGAAGAUAGUAUACCCAUUUUUGUUACGCAAACCAUAUGAAUACGGUUAUCUCUAAAACUGGAAAUGUUCAGUAGGACGAGAAUGAUGAAAGUAAUAAAAAAACUCACACAUAUAUUGUGUUUCUAAUCGUAUUUUUCUGUUUUUCAGUGUUUGGCUCUCCCUCACUUCAAGCAAAAUUGGCAACUACAUGCGUCAAGCGUAUCCACACUGCGCAAGUUUGCAUCUAAAUUAUUAUGCCAACUCUUGCAACAUAUGGAUUGAAGCGUGUCCUGGACAGGAAAGACGAUUACACCUUUGGACUAUCGUGAACGGCAAAAACGAGGAACUUCCCGAAGUCAAACUGAACGUGAACGGUACUCCUUUUACCGUGAACAUGAGUUUUGCUCCGAGUGGGAAGCAAUACGGAGUCUACGAUAUGUACUGCGACAACUACAAACCGUUCAUUAUUCAAUUUCUUCGACAUUUGACGAAAUUGUUCAAUGUUCCACUAUUUGUCCGCUUCCAUUCUGAGGUUGUCGCAAAUGUGGAUGACUUUGUGGCACUUCCUGAAGUGCAAACAUGCAAAAAAUUUGACAUCAUCCUCGAUCGAUUCGCGGAUGCUGACUUGUCGGGUCUUUGGGCGAUGUUCAGUAAAAAUGAACUGACUGUGUCCGAAGAAUACCGAGAUGACAGGCGCAUACACAAAACUGAGUCUAGCCUGCACAUCCACCCAGCUCCGUGGCUCACCCGGGACCACUUUCUGGGGUUGAAUUCGGAAGAGAUUGUGAUAUCCGGUUCAUCAUUGAAGAGCAAUGAUAUCCGUGAUUUCAUUGCUCAAUGGCAACGUGGGGACUGUGCCGAUGUGCGGUUCCUGUGCCUGAAACGGAAUAAUUCCGAACUUGUUUUUGCCGAUAUCGUGGAAAACAUUGAUUGCAUGGAAUGGAAUGGAAACAGAGUCGGUAUUGAAUGGAUAGUGUAAGUUGGAAAUAAAAUUCGUAAUAUAUGGGCUCAUCAUUAUUCGUUUCAGAUCACGCUUCCAGAUUUACCAAAUAGACGACGCGUUCGACAUUGUUCGUCAAGAUGGCACUAUGGCCUCUAUCAAAUUGACCGAUGACAACACCUUUUUGUUCGUGGUCGCUGAACCGGAUUUCGACGAUGAUGUGCCACCGACUCCGCCAAACGAGGAAGAAGACGAAUAG